AUGAGCAAGCAUAUGUAUUCCACUGCUAACUUGACUGAUAAGGAGCUAAAAGAACAAGGAAAUAGACUUUUCAGUCUACGGAAAUUUGAAGAUGCUAUGAACUGCUAUACUAAGGCUAUUAUUAAAAAUCCAUCAGUUGCCACAUAUUUUACAAAUAGAGCAUUAUGUCACCUAAAAAUGAAAAGAUGGGAAUCCACUUGUCAGGAUUGCAGGAGGGCACUUGACAUAGACAAUAAUCAAGUGAAAGGGCAUUUCUUUUUAGGACAGGCUUUGGUAGAAUUAGAAUGUUAUGAUGAGGCUAUCAAACAUCUCCAUAGGGCAAAUGACCUAGCUCGGGACCAAAAAUUGAAUUUUGGUGAUGAUAUAGCAGCUCAAAUUCGUGUAGCAAGAAAGAAGAGAUGGAAUGUUCAAGAAGAGAAGCGAAUAUCUCAAGAAAUUGAAUUGCAGACAUAUUUAAAUAGACUAAUUAAUGAAGACAUGCAGCGAAGAAUAGAGUCAAUAAAAGUAGAAAGUAUUAGUGAAGAGGAUACUGGUGGCAGGAUCGCUAAAGUGGAAGAAGAGUGUAAUAACUACAGUAGCGAACUCAAUAACUUAUUCUCAAAAAUGGAUGAAAGGAGAAGAAAACGUGACGUACCAGACUAUUUAUGCGGCAAGAUUAGCUUCGAGAUAUUGAACGAGCCGGUGAUCACGCCGAGCGGUAUUACGUACGAGAAGAAAGACAUUGAAGAGCAUCUUGAGCGGGUAGGUCACUUCGAUCCGGUAACCCGCGUCAAGUUAACAGCAGAUCAGCUCAUACCAAACUUCACUAUGAAGGAAGUGGUUGACGCGUUCCUGCAAGAGAACGAGUGGGCUCUAGAUUAU